CGUAUUGUAUUGUCUGGUGAGUCGUUGAACGUAGAGGAGGUACGAUCUCAGCUUUUCCGAUUUCCAGCGCGGUUCUCUUGAAUCCUAAAACCAUGAAAGCGAAACUGGAUUUAACGGCCGAGGUGGCAUGGUCGAAAUUGCAACAAUAUUACGACGCGAACGGCUCGAAACUUAAGAUAAUCGACCUCUUCCAGCAGAAUCCCAAGCGUUACGAAAAUUUUAGCUUAGAAAUUUCUACACCCGACGAUGGACCUAUUUUGCUGGAUUAUUCCAAGAAUCGUCUCACCGAAGAAGCAUUGCAAUUAUUAAUGGAUCUGGCAAGAGCACGUGAAAUUGAAGCUGCAAGGGAUGCCAUGUUCAAAGGAGAGAAAAUUAAUUUCACAGAAAACAGGGCAGUUUUACAUAUUGCCUUGCGUAACAGAAGUAACAAGCCAAUACUGGUUGAUAAUAAAGAUGUAAUGCCAGAUGUGAACGCCGUAUUGGAUCAUAUGAAACAGUUCACUAACGAGGUAUUGUCGAAACAGUGGAAAGGAUUCACCGGCAAACCGAUCGAAGAUGUCGUUAACAUUGGAAUCGGUGGCUCAGAUUUGGCGCCAGUUAUAUUAGCUUUACUGGGAGUGUGGUAUCACAAUCUGUACAAAGCUGAGACGCACGCGUUAUUGCCUUACGAUCAGUACCUGCAUAGAUUCGCAGCGUAUUUCCAACAAGGAGAUAUGGAGAGCAAUGGGAAAUAUGUUACUCGAGCCGGGAAAACAGUGAAUUAUUCCACCGGUCCGAUCGUCUGGGGAGAGCCAGGUACUAAUGGGCAGCACGCAUUUUAUCAAUUGUUACAUCAGGGUACUAGGCUCGUUCCUGCAGAUUUUAUAAUGCCAGUACAAUCGCACAACAAGGUCCAAGGAAAUCUUCAUCAUAAAAUAUUGCUAGCGAACUUCUUCGCGCAAACGGAAGCUUUGAUGAAAGGGAAGAGUCCGAACGAGGCGCAGAGUGAAUUACAGAAAGCAGGAAUGAGCCCUGAUCAAAUAAACUUGUUAUUACCUCAUAAAGUGUUUGAAGGGAACAGACCGACCAACACUAUUCUACUAAAAAAAGUUACGCCGUUCACUCUCGGUGCUUUAAUCGGUAAUUCUAAUUUCGUAUACAAUGCGGAGAUAUUUAUA